AUGUCUGAUAAUAUAACACUUAUUUGCUUGGUUCAUGGUGACCGUAAAGAUAAGGCCUUUGUAGUAGAAAUUGAAAAGAAUAAGCCAUUUUAUUUUAUCAAGAAAAAAAUUAAGGAGAAGAAACCUAAUACAUUUGCUGACGUUGAUGCCAAAGAUAUUGUAUUAUGGAAGGUGAACGUUCCAUACAAUGAUGACACCAUGGAAGUUGACAUUGUCCUCGAAGACAAUGAACAGACGGGUGUCCAGAAAUUAUUAAAUCCUAUUAAAAAAAUUAGCAAUAUAUUUACUGUGAAUCUCGCUGACAAUUCUAUCCAUAUUAUUGUUGAACGGCCUUCCAAUAACCCCGAAACCCAAGAAAUUGCAGAUCUAAGAUUUGCGUUAUUCAAUUCUGAAACAGGAAAUGCAAAAAAAUCUACCUCUGUGUACAGAUAUGUGCGAAAAAAUGGAAUCAAGGCUUUGUGGAAAUUUGAGAAUGAUAUUGAACCAUUAAAAUGGGUUGGUAGCCAAAUAUUUAAACAAUAUCCUCGUGCUCGUAUUAAGGGAUCAAAUGAAAUAACGGAAUAUCAGCCAUUUUGUAAAAAUGUCCUAAGAGAAAUAUUGCAACAUUUGAAGUUACAUGAUGAACUACUUAUAAUUGGAGAUGAUGGCAAUAGAAAAGAUGAUGAAAUUUAUGCUGAUCUUAUAAUUGGUUUGCGCGAAUUCUACCAGCAACUUACGAAUAAUCCUCUUGAUCUGUCAAAGGGCUUGGGUUGGAAAAUCAAAAAUGAUUUAACUGAUGAGAAAAAAUUAAUAGAAGGAAAAGGACGAUUAAUAAAGUUUGCCAGGAUAUACCUUACAGCAGAUGUACCUUUAUCACAAUUCUUCUAUGGAUGCUUAACUGAUGGGAACCUUUGGAAAUUUAUAAGAAUCUCAUUUGUAAAUAAUUUCAAAGACAAAAUGUCACUUGAAGAAAGUGAAAUGUAUGAAUGGAAUGAUAAUACGGCCUCACUCAUUGCUGGCCUAAUCAGUAAAUAUUAUCAUCAAUACUUGUCUGACGGAAAAAAGGAAUCUCUAAAUAAUGACAACACAAUCAACAAGGCUCGAAAAAGCUAUACUGCUGAAAGUCUCUUAGCUUCUUUCAUCAAAGAGGGUUAUCGUAUUAGAUUAAGUUCUGGAAAUUGGAUCAAUGUACAAGUUAUAUCUCAUCUUGGAACCGGAAGAGACAGUAUAGUUUUUUUUGCACAAAUAUGUGACUAUGGAAUAGUGGAUGUUGUUUUAAAGAUUGAAGUUCGUGAUCUUUCUUGUGUUCCCAAAAUUCUUUUUGAAGGACAUACAGAGGGAGGGUCCUGGGCAAUAAUAACUGACUUUUUAGGACAACCACUGGAAACUUGGAUUUCUGAUAAUGGUGGUAUAGAUGAUUGCACACUUUUUCAAAUCCUUCUAGACUUAUUAUUGUGUUUGGAGCAGAUCCACACCUGUGGCUAUGCACAUGGGGAUGUGGCCAUUCGGAACGUUAUUCGGAGAAAUGAGCAUUUCUAUCUUAUUGAUUACGGCCUUGCAAUUAUGCUCCAACUUCUAUUCGAUCCACUCUCAGAACUUAUUCGGGACUAUAUCAGAUUGUGUCAAAUUAUUGGAAUUGUCAAGUUUGGAGAGAAAAUGUCAUUGUCAGAGUUAACAAAUAGAUUGGAUGGAGAACUGAAACAAUUUGUUACAUCUGUCAAUGAUGCAAAUAGUUGGGAAAUAGAUGAUGAUAUUAAAUGGUUAGAAAAGUUUAAAGCUAAAGUUCAGCAGUUUCACGAGAAAGGCGUUACUGGAUAUAAUAGAGAGAAAAGCAUAGAAUAA